CAGCCUAUAAAUACCAGUAGACGCUUUAAAGAGGAGACCAGAGCCGCUGGCAUCACCGGAGGGAGCAGAAAGUCCGCCAGUAGUCUCACAUUCUCGGACGGGACGGCUGUUCGCUCCGGGGUCCACACACACACACACACACACACACACACACACACACACACACACACACACACACCAGCUCAGCAUGUCUCUAUCAGGGCGACCCAACACGGUCCGGCUGGUGUUCCUCGGGGCAGCGGGGGUCGGUAAGAGCGCGCUCAUCCACCGUUUCCUCCACGACCGCUUCCAACACAAAUACACGCGCACGGUCGAGGAGCUUCACGUGCUGGAGUACGACACCGCGGGGUCUGCGGGGAAGAUGCGUCUGGAGAUCUUGGACACGAGCGGCAGCUACCCUUUCCCGGCCAUGCGGGAGCUCUCCAUCCGACACAGCGACGCAUUCGCCCUCGUGUACGCGGUGGACGACCCCGGGUCCCUCGAGGAGGUGCGGCGGCUCCGCGACGAGAUUCUGGAGCUGCGGGGCGGCAAGGGCGCGCCCAUCACCGUGGUUGGCUGCAAGGCGGACCUGACCGAGACCGAGGGUCGGGUGCUGCUGGCGGCAGAUGUCAUGGCCACGGUGGAGGGUGAGUGGGACGCCAACUUCGUGGAGGCGUCCGCGCGCACCGGUGGGAACACGGUCGGAGUGUUUAGCGCGCUGCUGCAACAGGUGAACCUGCCGCACCGGCUGAGCCCUGCGGUGUGGAGGCGCAGAGACACCGUGCCCGGACCCGCUGUGAAGAAAAGACCCCCGCUGAAGAAGAACAACAGCUGUGUCCUGUCGUAGGAACUUUAUUCUCUGCCUGAUGGGUGGACUCUGCAGCUGGACUGCGCGUGCUCAGGUGUUGCUGGUCAUCACAGUACUCUACCUGGUUGGUCCAGAGGUGGAAAAGUUGGACGGAAGGUUCUUUAUGAACUGUAUGAAACGUGACUGUCUCCGAAAGUCUCAGCAGUAUAGUUUAAUGGGAUCCCUGAUCGGCUUUUAUGGGAAGCAUUUAUAUGUGUUGAAGAUUUUUCUGUUAGCAAGCUACAUUUUUUUUUAUCUUAUGUCAAUAAAAUAUUUUUUUGUGAUUUGAGUCUGCUGUUUCAUACAUUUUCAGUCGUAAUAACUACACUUAAUGAGUUUACUUUAUGUCCAACCAAAGAGAUAAAAAGAUAAAUGCCAAAGUGUAAGAUACUCAAUUACAAGUAGUAGAUUUUACUUGAGAACAUGUUAAGAAGUAUCAACGGUGCUAUACACAAAAAGACCCCUGUCUGUGUUAUAUAAUUAACUGUAAAUACAACUUAAUAUAAUCUAUAA